AGCCCGCGCCCGGCACUGGACCUUGGCUUUCCAUCCUUCUUUUCGACGUCAAAAUGAAUUCUCGCAUCGCCCUCUACGCCUCUCUGGCGCUGUUGAUGGUCGUGGCCAUCAUCGAGCUGUCCUUCAUCUCGGCAAUGGUUGGAUGGCUGCAUGCCACUGCCAGCGGCACCUUUAAAUUCGCAUUCGACGGCUCGACGUACGAUUUGAAAGGCGAACCCAAAAACUUCAUCGUGGAUCAAGGGCACACCAGCAAUGGCGCGGCGGGGACGGCUUUCAUCCUCAUCGGCAUUGGCGGCUUCCUCAUUCUCUGGCUCUCCUCGAGACCAAACCCUGGCAAAAUCACCAUCGCCUUCUACCACGCCUGGCUGGUCACCAAUGUCCUCAGCCUUCUGCUCGUCCUGUCGGCCCUCAUCUACACCUUCGUCGUCACAAACAACCACAAGGGUCAAACGAUUGACCCCAGCGUCGCGGCAAGCCUCGACGGCAAAAAGUACGACAUUGAUUCCUGGACGCCGCAAAACUGGUUUUCCGCCUUUCUCAAGCUUGACCUGGUUGAUUCCAGCGAAAGGAGCGACAUCAAUAGCCACCUGCGCAUUAUGCGUGGCUGGCAGUACAACCUCAUUCCCUUCUUUAUUAUCCACCUGCUCGAGACGAGUGUAGCGCUUUGGGAUGCUUCAAAGAGACGGAAGAUGACUGCUGUGAGCAACAUGCAACAAAAGGGUGACGCAUAAGGAUGCCGGAAAUUGUAACAACUGGGCCAAUUCCUAGUUUCACAUUUCCGUGGAUGGUUUGGCGCUUCUCUGCGGAUUCAGUGGGAGUGAUCUACUCAAAUCUAUAGACAUUUGUAAUAUCUUUUAAAUUGAUGAAGGAAAAGUUUUACACCUACUGAUUACUUUAAAU